GCUCGACGUCGCAUUCGCCGCCCUCGACGGGCACUUCCGCGCCCUUGUCGCGCCGCCCGCGCCGCCGCCGGACAGAGCCCACGACGACGGCGGCAACGGCGGCGGAAACAACGGCGGCGGAAACGGAAAGGGCGCCGCGCCGCCGGCGGUGCCGCUGGCGACGCUGAUUCCAAAGCUGAUCAAGCUGCCGGCGUGGGUCUUGCCCGACCCCGCAGGGCAGCCGCCCGCCGCCACGCCAAACGGCUCCGCGCAGCAGGCGACCGCACCAAACGGCGGCGGCCCUACCGGCGGCGGCCCUGGCGGCGGCGGCGCGACCUUGGGUGAGGCCGCCAUGUCCCUCGUCUCGGUUCCGUCGCUCGGCGAGCUCUGCUGGAGCUUGUUCCUCGCUGCGCCUCCCGACCGCCCCGCGCAACCCGCGCCUCCUCCCCACCGGGUAGAGGCCGAGUCGCGGCCAGGCCCAAGGCUGGACCCGGCGCUCGAGGCGGCGCUGGAUGCCGAGCUCGCCGCGGAGCUCGGCUGA